CACUGACGGGCACUGAUAGGCAGCACUGAUGCACACUGAUAGGCGGUACUGACUGGCACUGAUGGGGUGACACUGAAAGGCAGCUCAGAUGGGCGCUGAUAUGUGGAAUUGAUGUGCACUGGUAGGCACUGAAAUGUGGCAUUGAUGUGGCACUGAUGGGCACUGGCAGGUGGCACUGAUGGGCACUGACAGGUGGCACUGCUGGGGCUACACAGAUCAUCAGGGCACACUGAUCAUCAGUGCCCUUAUGAUCACUGUCAGCGUGACAGCUCGUGAGGAGAGAAAUGCCAAUAACUGGCAUUUCCCUAUUUACAUGCGAUCAGUUGUGAUUGGA